CCCUAAACCUUUGGGAAAACUCUAAACCCUUGGGUAAACCCUAAAUCCUUAGGUAAACCCUAAACCCUUGGAAAAACACUAAACAUUUGGAUAAAUUCUAAAUUAUAAAUCUUAAACACUAAACUCUAAAUCUUAAAAACAAAUAUUUUUUAAAAUAAUCUUUUUUAGAACUAUUGUUAUUUUUAUUUAUUUAAUCUUUUAUUUUUUAUUUUAAAAGCAUAAUAUAGUUUGGCAAGUUAUUUUAUUUCCUUAAUUAAAAGAUACUAGAUCUAAAAUGACAAUUUCUAUUGGUUGGUGAACCUGGUGAACCCAAGAAAAAGUCCGAAAAAUAUGUUCUAAAAGAUGUUUCAACUUUGAAACAAUUAGAACUACUCCCCCUUCACUGAGAAACUACUAACUCUUUAUGUAGCUAGGUAAUGUGAGUCUCUAACUCCCACGUAGAGCAACCGAGCUUCCCAGCCACCAGUAUAUAGUUCCAAGUAAAUUAGUCGAUUGGGUCUUGAUCCGCCGGUACUCUUAGAUAAUAAUAAAAAAAUAUUGCUAACUGAAAAUGAUGAGCAAAUUCUAAAGAAAGCAUGCAAUCACCCAAACUAAUGUUUCCAGUUCAAAUACUAAUCUUGUGAUAUAAAACACACAAGAUUUACUACCCAAGUCACAGUCUUCUUCUGGAUUUAGAGAAACUACUUAACUGCUUUUGUCUAAUCAUAUUCAUAAUUAAGUAUCAUUAGCUGUUAUAAAUUCGACUUGCACGUGGCUGUUAUAACAAAUAUCCUCAGGUGACAAAGAGCUAAACUUUGUUUAGCUGGAAACUUUCUGUUUCAUAGAGAGUCGCACAUAAGAACAAUUCAUCGAACUUGUCGCACUUAUAAAAUUUGUUGCCAUGUGCGUUCAUUUGGUUGAGCUUUGUGAUACUUACUUUGACAAUUUGCAGAGCAAAACAAAAGACGUUACGAUAUAUUUCAAUAUAUAUCUCAUAAAUUGGUUGCCACAUGCAGUUUUCUAACGUUAAUACUCGCCACGUUAAUAGUUUAGUUUUAUUUUAUUUGAAUGAUACUAAAUACAUUUCACAAAUCGAAUAAAAGUUUGUCACCUUUCGCAAGCAAUUUACGCGGUAACAGCUAUACAAAUACAAUGAAUAACAUAAAGUCAAAAAUAUGAACGAUAUGUACCCCCAUGCAUAUAAAUAUCGACGAAACAAUUACUAAACUUCGCAACUUCGUUAAAAGAUGAGACGUGGAGAACGAGAGAGUAAAUCGAAUUAUUUAUUUAGUCUAAAAAUGAUUACUAUUGCAACAUUUCUAGUUUUGUUUAUUGCUAAUGACCAAUUAAGUCUUUCAAAGGCGCAACUCCAAUUUGGGUUCUACUCAAAAACAUGUCCAUCAGCAGAAUCAAUCGUCCGUAAAGUUGUCCAACAAGCAGUGACCCGUGACCCGGGAAAUGCUGCUGUCUUACUCCGUCUCCACUUCCAUGACUGCUUUGUUGAGGGUUGUGAUGGGUCUAUUCUAAUCAAACACGCCGUAAAUGAUGAUGAGAGGUUUGCUGCGGGUAACGCUGGUGUAGGCGGUUUCGAUGUUAUAGACGCUGCUAAAUCAGAGCUUGAACGUUUAUGUCCCGGAGUUGUGUCUUGCGCUGACAUCGUUGCUCUUGCUGCUAGAGAUGCUGUCGUUGCGGCAAAAGGACCUCUUUACAACGUUCUGACCGGUCGAAGGGAUGGCCAGACUGCAGAAAAGAGUAAGGCUGCAAACUUGCCAGAUGUUGAAGAUUCCAUAAACACUUUGAAAUCAAAAUUCAGAGAAAAAGGGCUUUCAGAUUUAGAUCUGGUACUUCUUAGUGCUGGUGCACAUACUAUUGGUACAACAGCGUGUUUCUUUGUCAGACCACGUUUAGAUGCAAAAGAUCCGACGAUAAAUCCAGUGUUCUUCCAAGUGCUGAGAUCAAAGUGUCCCCAAGGCGGCGAUGUUAAUGUAAGGAUUCCUUUGGAUUGGGAAAGCCAGUUUGUGUUUGACGACCAAAUAUUUAGGAGCAUCAGAGAUGGUAAAGGAGUCAUUCUAUCGGACUCUGUUCUGUACCAAGACAAUAACAUGAAGCAGAUGAUUGAUUCGUAUUUGGUGACUAAUGGGAGUUCGAAGGCUAGUUUUGCUACGGAUUUUGCUAAAGCCAUGGUUAAGAUGGGUUCCAUUGGGGUGAAGAUUGGUAUUAAGGGAGAGAUCAGACGCAUAUGCAAUGCUACAAAUUAGUUUGCAUAUGCAAUGCUACAAAUUAGUUUCGACUAAUAAGAGCUCAUAUUUAAUUUAUACUAAAAGUAUUAAAUAUCCGAAUAUGUUGGAUCUAAAUAAAAAGAUGUAAUGACUUUAGGUCCAUGAUAAAAACGUGUAAGCAAAAAGAGGUUAGAGAUUCUGAAGGUAGCGUUAAAAUUACUAUC